AUGUCUAGCUUGCCGGGAAAAAAAGUGAAAUGUGACGGAGAACACAAGCAACAAGGGAGUUCAACGGAUUCGAAAAGAUGUUCCAAUUGUGCAGCAGCGGGAAUAGAAUGUGUUUUUGUGCCGAGUAUGCGUGGCGGACGACGUGUGCCCAAGCAUCGGAAUGGGUCCCUGGCAGUUGACCAUGAGGACGGAUCAAGAGCAUAUUGUACGAAUGAAGGCAAAGCAGAGAAAGGUGGAAUUGGUGGUGGAAAAGAGACGUCACGUGAUUGGAACUCUUAUCCAGAAUUCGCGGCUCGGGUGGGCGCUGGACGCAGAGCUACGGCGUGUCCUCCUCAUUUCGAGCCUUACUUUGGUGCGUAUCAUGGAUUUUGGCCCUCAGUAAGGAUUCCAGUGCCGCCGUCGGAACUUCACGUAAGUCAAAACCCUACGCCACAUCACAUGGCCUCAACGUCAUCGAUGCCUCCGAAAUUUCCGCAUCACUUUGGGCCUCCCUGUCUGCCCUGCGAAUCACCUACACAUCAUUUUGGUCCGCACUUUUCACCUUGGAACCGACCUUCGCAUCCUCCACCACAUUUCGAGCAUCAUCAUCAUCCUCCUCAUCAUCCAGGUCAACAUCACGGUCCUUACCCUUUUUCGCGACAUUGGAAAUAUCCCCACCAUCUUCCACGACAUUUUCAUCACUCGCGCAACCCUGAGCGUAACUUAUAUACCUGGCCUCCGCCUUACGGAGGCCCUUGGCCAAAUCAAGCCGGAUCUGCUUUUCCUGACUCUCGUAUGGGAAUGUACCGCCAGCAGAGCGACUCCUGUUCCGAGUUUUCAGAGAGUUCUCAUUCGCAACCGAAUACUGGUGUACAUCGCGAAUGGCCUUCACCUUCGUCAACCGUUCCUGCUUCUUUCGCAGAUAUGUCGAAGGCCGCUUCCUCCGAUACCGAUGCGACAUCUACGCCGAACGAAACGCAAGCGUAUGAGUCAUACCCCGCGGCCUCAAACACCAGUGACGCUAGCUACAACGAAAUGUCUUACACUACCAUAACUUUUGACCACCGCGAAACAAGAAUGAAGACUAAAGACGGACAUGAUAUUCAUGCGCAUAAGCCUUCAACUGUGAAGUCUAAUUUCAUGGAUCCUGGGUACGAACGACAUGAGCUUCAUGUAGGCCAGGGAUUCAAAGGUAGCCAUGUUCCAUCACUGGAACGUUAUCAGAAUGAGGAGACUCGGAAUGAUGUUCCUGUGACUAGCGUUACUUCCCCGAAGAAACCUCAAAAUUCGACUGCCGGUCAAAAUUUGAAAAGUAGCACUGGUGAGAAGAGGUUUACGGAAGACGACGCGACCCUGUCUUCAUCGAAUUCUAGCAUUGAUGAGUCUAGAAGCUCUUCGAGUACAUCUCAGCUCCCUUCUGUAUCAAUAUGGGAGGAAGGCAAUAAGCAUACUGAGAGCAGAGCCACUGCUAGAACCCUAAGGUAUCGCCUAUCAAGCGAAGACCUUUUGGAUUACGACCUUCCGCCUCCAUCCAUUUCGUGCCUCCUUCUUGAUGUCUUCUUUGAAAAAAUUCACUUACAACUGCAGGUCCUGCCGCCAAAGGAUUUUUUCAUGAGCCAAUUUAGUCCCCGAGCUAAUACGGCUUUGAUACAUGCAAUGUUUUUGUGCGCUAGACCCUAUCUGAAUAUGUUGUGUCCACUUGAUAACAACCACUCCUUUUCUGCUGAUCAUUAUCUGGGUAUGAUAAAGAAAUAUCGAGAUCGCUUGGAUGCUAUAACCUUGAUGCAAACUCACAUUUUACUGUCAUACUAUUACUCAAAGUAUGCAUCAGACUGUGCGCAGGUUGAGUAUCAUUUGAAGGAGGUAGCUCAAUUUAUAUGUUCGAUGCCCUUACCAGCACUGUCGCCUGAUGAGGCAAUACUAUCAAAGUUGAGUUCUGUGACUAGAAUGCAGAGGGAAUCUUACUGCCGCCUUGCCUGGUCUUUGUUUUUAAUGAUUCGAGUUGGAAAAGAAUGUUUUGGAAACAGCGUUUUCAUGCAUACGGAUGAGGAUACUGAUUUAUGCAAACGGCUGAAAACUGCCCUUUUCACACACGUUUCGCUACCUUUCUUGGAUGAGGAUCGAGCCUCGAUCCCAACCGGAAUUUCCACGCACUCCAGUUUUGGCAGAGGGCCGAAAUUGGAGUCUCUUUACGAAAAAUGUGAGACGAGUGGUGGUAGCAGUGGCUGUCUUUACAUUGCGGCAAGAUUACAGGAUGAAUUGAUAUGGUCGUUCGAAAGAGAACAGUGGAUGUCACGUCAUGAUAAAUUUGAGAAAGUCGUGAAUAGGAAAGUUUCCGAAACUAAAUGCGAAGGAUCAUUAUUAAUAUUAGAUACUUCAGCAAUUCUGGCUAAAACGUUUCUAUUAUUGAGUAAAUUAGACGUUGUGAAUGCUGGGCAUACCAAGUUUGACAAAUCUUGCCUUUUGAACAUUGAAGAAAGCCAUAUGUCAAACACUUAUUUUGAAGGCUUAAAGGAGGCAAUUACUGCCUCACUCGUGUGCAAGGAUGGUCCUCAUCAUAUAAACCUUUUGUCCCUCUUCCUUGCCAUCUUAGAUUGCACUGCGCUUUUAAAUUUGUGCAUGGGUAUGAGCCCCGAAUCUGAAGUCGGAAGCUCUGCACGAAUUACUCUUAUGAAAUGCUUCUGUCCUACCCCUUGCAAAGACAUUCCUGAUGAUGAAUUCUUCUUGCACGAUAAGCAGGGCCAAAGUUGGUGGGAGUUUGCUUAUAAAGUUAAGCAGCAAGAGCUUAAAAACUUCCUUUCCGAAAAGCAAAGUAGCAUAGGAUUGAAUGCAGCCUUACUGGAGUUUAAAUUUUCGGAGUGCUCUGAACUCUGGACUCAAUAUCCAUUUUUGACUUAUAAAUUGGCAUGCCGAACGCUUCCGCUUUUGGCUUGUUUUCAUUAUUUGGGGACGGCUCAUGUAUUUACUGAAACAGAGAGAGCUGGGCACCGACUUUUCACCAUAAAACCUCGAGAAGAGCCACAAUGUGAGGAACAGUCCUGGUCGUUUGAAGACGUGCGAACGGAAUUUUCAAAAUCUCUCGAAUGGGGCCAUUUAGCCUCAGAGUUAACUGAGGAUGACGCUUGGGAGCUGCUGGUUAGACUCACCGAGCCCAGCUUUUGGACGAAUCGCUUCGCAGUGUGCGCAGAAUUCAUUAAGCGCUAUGCGACUAUUCUACCAAACAGUGACGGCAUAACUCAAAAUGUCGACGUCCUUUCCUCCUGUUUACAAAAAAAGAAACCACCUUCUAGUAUUCGCCAUAGUGAUGCUUCUUCUAUACCUGCAUAA